CCUUCCCACAGGUGGAUGGCAUGCUGGAGAAAUGGAUUUGGGAAAUGGCAGCAGCACUCAAGUCUCAGAAAUCCACUCAAGUGAAUGUGAUUGUUGCUGACUGGAUCACCUUGGCACACCGACACUAUGCUAUUGCUGUCAGAAACACUCGGCAAGUUGGCCAGGAAAUUGCAAGUUUCCUGGAGUGGCUAGAGGAGGCCGUUCAAUUUUCAAGAAGCAAUGUUCAUCUAAUUGGGUACAGCCUUGGAGCUCAUGUCUCAGGAUUUGCUGGCAGCUAUAUUAAUGGUACAAACAAGAUUGGAAGAAUUACAGGACUAGAUGCAGCUGGUCCCUUGUUUGAGGGGACAUCCCCCAGUGAACGCCUAUCACCAGAUGAUGCUGAUUUUGUGGAUGCUAUUCACACAUUCACCCAGGAGCACAUGGGUCUGAGUGUGGGGAUCAAACAGCCAGUAGCACAUUAUGACUUCUACCCCAAUGGAGGCACCUUCCAGCCGGGUUGUCACUUCUUGCUCAUGUACAAACACAUCGCACAGCAUGGCUUCCAUGGGAUCACAGAGACCGUGAAAUGUGCCCAUGAAAGAGCAGUCCACCUCUUCAUCGAUUCCAUUGUUCACCACCACCUGCAGAGCACAGCCUACUGGUGCACUGACAUGAAUACCUUCAACAAGGGUUUGUGCCUUGAUUGCAAGAAAGGUCGAUGUAACACCCUGGGCUACUACAUCAGGAAGCAGCGUCAACAGAAAAGCAAAAAACUCUUCUUGGUCACACAAGCACACCCCCCCUUCAAAGUUUACCAUUAUCAGUUCAAGAUCCAAUUCAUCACACAAACUGAGAAACCCAUAAAGCCAACCUUCACCAUGACUCUAAUUGGGACUAAACAGGACACUCACAACCUUCCCAUCACUUUGGUUAAAGAAAUCACAGGCAAUAAAACCUAUUCUUUUCUCAUCACACUGGAUUUGGAUAUUGGAAAGAUGACAAUGAUCAAUUUCACAUGGAAAAAGACUGCAAUGUGGGCAAACAUGUGGGACACCUUCCAUACAAUAAUUCCCUGGGCCAUUAGACCACACCAUUCAAAACUUAUGAUAAAGCAGAUCCGAGUCAAAGCAGGAGAAACACAGGAAAAAAUGACAUUUUGUUCUCAAGAUAUGGAUGAUGAACAGCUUUACCAAAAUGAAGAAAAAACCUUUGUAAGAUGUGAAAAAGGUUUAAAAACACGGAAGCAGAAAAUGAGAUGAGCUUUAAUGGAUAUCCAUCAUGAAGAAUAAAUGUAUACUUAUUGAUAAAAGUAUAAUUUCCUCAGUCAAAGUUUGAGUCAUGCAUAGAACAUGAAUAAAAUCUAAAUUACAUUUUUCUUAGAGGAGGAGAGAGAUUCUUCAUUAUAAUGAAUAGUACUUUUAUACACAUUAUAUAGAUCUUCAGAUAUGAUGAUGAUGUUCAGUUGUUUCAGUAGGGCCCAACUCUUUUAUGAUCUCAUUUGGAGUUGUUUUGGCAAAGACA